AGCCCAGGAUGCCCGCGAGCUCAACCCAGCGCGAGACGAUGUGUAAGCGCAGUUAUUUCUCCCUAGUUUUAGACGAAUGACCGAAGCAGCAACAUGUCAGGAGACGAAUACUAUGAGGAAAGCGAUGAUCCGACGUGUGAUACACAUGGCUUCGACCUCUCGGGUUCACUGUCCAUAAGAGUGGAAUAUUACAGGUCCUGUGAGUACAGUCUGACGUGGACAACCUCCAUGUCUCCCCGACGCUCCUCCAGACUCAAGUCCUCCCACAAAAGUCCGUCCUCAGAGGAAGGCGGCUCACAGCCUCGCCUGAGAAGCCGGAGAGGAAGGUCGGCGUCGAAGGAGAGCGACAGCCAUGACGUCAUCGACCUCAUCGUCAGCAACUUUGAAUCGGACCGCGCUGACAAAGACGAGGCGGCAGGGGAGGCGGUCGGCGCGCUCGGUUACGGGCUGGACACGUCCAAAGAUGAAAGGAGCUCUGAGUGCAGCAGCAUAGCGUCUGGCCCCUCCUCGCUGUCUCACCACGGUGGGGCAGAGCUUUACUGCGAUCUUUGCUCAGCUUGCCAGAAGCUGUACAGCAAGGCCAAAAGGUCGGCGACACCCAUCAAGAGCAAACUGCAAGAUAACGAUCCAGAAUCUCUGACCUGUGACGAGUGGGUGCUGAAGAAAAAAUGGACGCCCCGCAGACGACCUGAUGCCAGACGAAAGCUUUUGAGCCCUCUUCAUCUGGAUGCCGGCCUCGGCCUGCUGCGCGGGCAACACUUAUCGUUCUGUUCAAGGCCGCACCCUUUCCUCCAGAGGAACCUCAGACGGGCCAAACGCGCGGCAGAGCAGAAGACGAAGCGGAGGAGGAAGAGGAGGCGUAGCUCCCGGGGUUCUCGUGUGGCAAAGCAGCAGCGUCUCCAAAACGACCAGCACCACGCAAAGACAAAAGGUUUGGUCAUGAACCGAGCCGGCCGUUCUCGCAGCUCGCGGGGCCGAGCUCAGAGACACGUGACUGUGGAACGCGUUGCGUCGCCGGCGGCCGCGAGCGCCGCCACGUCGUCAGAGGCCCGAGCCCAGGAGAGGGCACCAAAGAAGACGUCUGCUUUCAGAGAUCUGCUCGCUCAGCUGCGGGGAAACAGCAGCAGGAUCAUCAGAGAGACGCGCUAGCUAAUCAGAGAGCCUCUGACUGUUCAAACCUUAAGAUUUCAGGUGUGUUGCUGUUCGCUGCUGUUCACCCUGACUGGUUCUGUCAGGUUAAUUUUCCUUAAAGCAUUGUUGCACUUGCAUUCGCGUUCAUGUUGGGACUUUUCUUCUUUUUGUUUAAAUUACAUUGGAGUGAAACUGACUGUGAAUAAAUCGUUUUUCAACAUGGACUUGAA